GGCAUCUCAUAUAUACCGCUCCUUGUCAGGGCCUGAGUCCGCAUCGUUUUCCUCCUCAAUCUCCUCUCCGUGCAAAAAUGUUGCGAGCAGCAUCGAAGGCCGUCGGGCACAGCGUUCGCCGCAGCGCGGCUGCUCCAAGUGUUGCCGCUAGGUCAUUCUCCGUCUCACAGGCGGCAUGGUCGGAGCCCCCCGUGAACUCGCUUGACUCGUUCACAGAGGAGGAGCAAAUGUUGCGGGAGUCUGUGGCACGCUUUGCGCAGGAUGUCGUCGCCCCUAAAGUCAGGGAGAUGGACGAAAAUGAAAUGAUGGACCCAACUGUUGUCAAGGGUCUCUUCGAGCAAGGGCUGAUGGGUAUUGAGACAAGCAGCGAGUUCGGUGGCGCCGAGUCGUCCUUCACCUCCGCCAUCAUCGCCAUCGAGGAGCUAGCCAAAGUCGACCCCUCCGUCUCCGUCUUGUGUGACGUGCACAACACACUCGUCAAUACGAUUCUGCGCAAAUAUGCAAAUAAGGAGCAGCAGCAGAAGUGGCUCCCGCUACUGUCAGAGUCCAAGCUCGGCUCGUUCUGCUUAUCGGAAGCGGCAUCUGGAUCGGACGCGUUUGCGCUACAGACGCGUGCGGUCAAAGAUGGCGACCAUUGGGUUAUCAAUGGCAGCAAGAUGUGGAUUACGAACUCGUAUGAGGCGGACGUCUUCCUGAUCUUUGCCAACGCGGACCCAAGCAAAGGCUACAAGGGCAUUACCUGCUUCAUCGCAACGAAGGACAUGGGCAUCGAGAUCGCGAAGAAGGAGCAGAAGCUCGGUAUACGCGCCUCGUCUACGUGCUCGCUCAGUUUUGAUGAUUUGCGCGUGCCCGAGGAGAAUGUCAUUGGCGGAGUCGGCAAGGGAUACAAGAUUGCCAUUGAAAUUUUGAAUGAAGGCCGCAUCGGCAUCGCCGCACAAAUGCUUGGUCUUGCACAAGGGGCAUUCGAAAAAGCCGUGCCGUACACUCUCCAGCGAACGCAGUUCGGUCAGCCCGUCGGCACAUUCCAAGGUCUGUCCUUCCAGCAAGCACGCGCAGCGACGGAGAUCGAGGCAGCGCGCUUGCUGACGUACAACGCUGCACGUCGGAAGGAGGAGGGCCGUCCGUUCGUACAGCAGGCGGCGAUGGCGAAGCUGUAUGCGAGCGAAGUCGCGCAGCGCGUGUCGGGCGCGGCGAUCGAGUGGGCGGGUGGCGUUGGCUUCACGAGGGAGACGGGCAUUGAGAAGUACUGGAGAGACUCGAAGAUCGGUGCCAUCUACGAGGGCACGUCCAACAUCCAGCUCCUGACGAUCGCGAAGCUUAUCCAGAAGCAAUAUUCAUGACACCUUUCCACUAUCUCGCCUCGCGAACUCGGUGCUGUGGUCAUUACUACACUUAUUUCAACAGUGGUCUCAAUGUACACUAUGUAGAUCUGCACAACGAUAGCGAUUAAACGAUGAUGAGGUCGAGGAUUCCGCUACGUAUGAAGCUAACGUUGAGAUGUCCGCAUAAACAUAAG